AUGGAAACAAUCAUCUAUAACGAUGAUCAUGGAAAACCUACUCGCACAGGGACGCAGGUCGUGCUUCGCUACCCAAGUAAGACGACUCUAACAGAUUAUCAAGGACAGGCAACAUUAACCCAGGAUUAUUAUCUUGGUCUAUCUACGGAGGUUCUAUACGACGAUGUUGGUCAUCCAACGGCCACUAAGACAUCUAUGGUUACGGAAAUUGCCAUGCUAACUACCCUUUUUAACGGGAACGGUGCAGCAACCCUAACAGAAACUGAGCUUGUCCCCCUAUCUUUAACAACAACGGUUUUUGCAACGCCAACUUCGGAAGUCUCGCCGAGCUCCAAAGGUGAGAAGGCAUUAAGCCUUAUGAUUCCUACGUUUAUCGCGAUUGCUGUAUCGAUUCCGAUCAGGAUAAUCGACCAAAAUGCAAGGCUCUACCAUCCAUUCCACGCACUGACGGCAACUCGAGGGGCACUAGCUCGUGACACUCUAUGUUUUCAGACCUCAAGUAUAUGGAACAUCAAGGCACGCUUUCGCUCACUGCUAAAUGGGGAAAGCCUCCUUACCCUAACCGGGCUUUUGGUAUUGGGAAGUGUGAUUAUGGUCCCGCUGACCUCCGAAUCUGUCCGUAUAAUCCUAGGGGGUCCGAACUGUGCGGGGCCAAGAGGAGACUCCUCUGUCUGUACCAUGGCCCUUGGUGUCAACCCAGUGCCAGCCCAAGUCGCCGUGGCGUUCCUAGCCUUUAUGACUGUUCUCGUCGGGCUAACUGCGAUUGUGCUUCGAAAAUGGAAGACGGGAUUAAGUUGGAAUCCUUGGAGUUUAUUCCACAUGGGACACCUUGCGGCGAACAAUGAAAUUCGCACCUUGCUAUUGCGGCGCCUGCAUGAAAAGAACGGCCGGAUAACAUACGAAUAUGUAACCAAGGCAUUGGCAGGGGUGUCCUUUACUUUGGACUCCUAUAGAGACAAUGGGGAGCUUAAAUAUGGUUUACUCAUCCCAAAUGAGGUACAGUCUUCGAGAGGGGGUGGCAAGUCAGUAGCUUUUGCAGGGGGAAAAACUUCUCGGCGGCGGAGGAAAGGUGAUUAUAUGCCCUUCUUUAUCCUCACAUGGACCGGGAGGCUACUUUUCCUAGCUUUAUUAUGUGGUGUGAUGAUCGGCUUAAUGGUAUAUACCAUUACGGGGGACGGCCAGGACUACACACAAUUUAUGAUGGGUAGAUGGCGCGUUGUGCGGUUUAUGUUCACUACGAUUGGCGUUUUGAUCUCAAUAAUAUGGGGAUCGUUCUUCUAUGCCGUCGCGUUUCUUAGUCCUCAUAAACUACUGUACCGGAUACGACUUUAUAACGGAGAAGCCGCAUAUAUAACACCAUCAACUAACCCCUUUACCGGCAUUUGGUCAUCGCUGGCACCCGGACGCCGAGACGUCUAUCUCGGGCUCGUAUGUGCUACCUCGAUCUUAUCCGAGAUCCUCCCGUUGCUUUUAAGUACCGCCUUGGACAAAUGUACCGAAAGAUUCUGGGCACAUACGGUUUGCCUCUGGAUGGCAGUAGGUGUAUUAACCACCAUGAUUUCUGUGGUUGGGUUUUCCUUCUUUGUGACUUGGCCACAUAUGCCAAUCGACCCCAGCACGAUAGCUGGCGAGAUGUAUUAUGCUUUAACCAACUUUGUAUCUAUGGGUCCGUCGGCGGGGCUGGUCUUUGGUAAAGCGAGUCUAGGUCUCGUUUAG